UUUUAUAAGCAAAGUUUCAAACCAACUCUUAUAUUGGUUCAAAGUUCAAAUUAAUCUUAAGAUAAACAAUGAUUUUUGCAUUUUAAUAAAUAAUAUUAGAUAAACUAAAUAAAUGGCUGAAAAAGCAGCAAAUUUUGCUUUUACAUCCGAAGCGAAACCUUCAAUUUUUGAGGUUAUAGCCCAACGCUCUUUAAACAUAACCUUACACCCAGCUUUAAAACGAAUCGCGGAGUUUUUAGCAGAAAGUAGCCCAAAGCAUUUCAAUUGGUUGUAUACACAUUACGAGGAAACAUUUUUAGUUUUAAACGGACUCUUACAAUAUUAUUACAUAAAAAAAUAUGAUGCUUCAUUUUCGGAGUACUUUUACGGAUUAAAACGCAUCUCGUCCGAUGGUAAACUCCUUUCCGAUCAUCAAAGAAAGCUUUCAUUUCUAUUCCUGGUUAUUUUGCCGUAUUUAAAAAGAAAAUUAGAGGAACGGAUCAAUUUUUACAAGAUUCAAAACGCCGAGGGUGUUUUAACCUCAAAAACGAAAAAAUUACUUAUUUAUUCGCACUCAACGUUUGAUCUAACGUGGGGUGUUUGGGUUUUAAUUAAUUAUUUGCGAUACAUGUCGGAUAAAACUAUUUAUCAAAGACCGACAUUACAACUUAUUCAAAUCCAAUUGAUUUUGGUUGAGGAUCGUGAUGAUGUCUCGUCAUUUUGGGGGGCUCUAUUUAAAGGCAAAUUAAAGUUGAAAGAGUUUACUUCGGGGGUGUUGAAACACGGGUUAAGGACAUGUUUGGAAAUUGGAGCGUUUUUUAUACAAUUUUUGCAAACUUGGUAUGCGGAAAAAUCGGAUUUUAAUGUUACGGCUCUUCCCACGGUUCCCCCACCAAAUAUUGAUUCUAAAGCGAAAGCUUUGAAAGGAAAAUGUCCCAUUUGUUUACAACCGUGGAAAAUACCGACUGUUCUUCCAGCUUCGGGAUAUGUUUAUUGUUUUCCGUGUAUUGUGAAACAUUUUCGAGAGAAUGCAUCAACCUGUCCCGUUUCAAACAUUCCAGUUAGAGCUUUAGAUUUAGUUCGAUUGUAUGAUUCUUGACCAAAAUAAAUUUAUUUAAAACGUC